AUGCUGAUUCGGAACCCCUCUGUAGCCAUCUGGUUCAGCAUCUUCCUCGAGAGGCAUUGCCUCAUCGCGCCCGCCCAAAGUCGGACCGUCGGCGGCAGCAGCAGCAUGGCCCUGGAGGGCGCACGGGCGCGGCUGACGCCCCCGACGGACGCGGAGAUGACAGCGGCCCCGCCGCUGCGGAAGAAGGGUCGCGACGACGACGACAACGGCGGCGGCGGCAAGAGCUUGCGCGAGAUGGCUAAGACGAUGGGGCGCCUCGUGUUGGCGGAUUCCCGCGAGAUCCAGGCCACGGGCAAGUUGCACAACGCCCAGUCCACGGUGCUGCGCGAGAAGGUGAAGGCAGGGGAGCAGGUCGACUUCGAGAGCAGGGCCCCCCCACGCGCGGCGGCGUUCGCGGCGUCCGCGAAGCGGCGGGACACGGGCGGGAAUCUCAGCAAGCAGGAGUUGACGGACGGCUUCGCCAAUAUGUGGAAGGACGUACUCAUGACCUUCUCCCCGCAGCAGAUCGCGGCGCUGCUGCCGCACUUUCGGUGGAAGGCCCACAAGGGGAAGCCUACCAAUGGCAACAAAGACAAGGGCAAGGGCAAGGGCCUCGUCAUGCACGCGGUCGAGGUCACUCGCGCGCACGGGCCCAAGCUGGCGGCUCUCCUCGGAGAGGCGAUGCUGGACAUGAAGGCGGCGUACAAGGCGGGGGCGGCUCCUCCAGGCCCUCUUCAUCGGCAGCUCUCGAAGAUGAUCAACGACAUGUGA